AAUAGAUAUUUACCCAAGUUGGGUAACGAGGAGGGAAUGGAGGUCUACACAGUUUAGAGGAAGGCACCACUUUCACCUAGGACAUCUGCCUGGCCCUGAAUCCUUCCUCUUUGAAGUUACUCAUUCACCUGAGCUUUUAUUUCACACAUCCCUUGAUACAGCCCUUCAUUCAGAAAAUUUACUGAAAAUUUAUGCUACGCAUAAAGGUGAAUAAGUAAGAUACACUCUUGCCCCUUAAACACCUAGUUAUCUCAGUAGAGCGACGGAUACAGAGUAUGAUAAGUACUUUGAUCUUACUGUCCAUUACCUUCUCUAUCCCCAAACCUCUCAUGCUUUCUCUCUACUGACUGAUUAAAUGAAUAGGACCAACCCUCAACCCUUGACCCAGUCUCUGGGCUUAGAUCCAACCAUUUUACAGAUUAGGAAAAUACUGCUAAGACUGGAUUCAAACUACCCAAACUCUGAAGCCCUUGCUCUUGUUAUUGCCUUACAUAGACGGGAGGGAUGAGAGUUACAGCAAGGGUGGGGGUCAGAAACCUAUCUCCUUUUACAGCACAGGAAGUCUUAGAGCACAACAAAUCUAUAGAGAUCAAGGACAAAUUUCUAAUGCCAAAGGACUGAUCAUGGUGUCUCAGGGUCAUCAGCUCACAUGUUUGUGCAUGUCAUCUGAGCCAGCAUGAGGCUUCCAGCACUGAUUACCUGCUCACACUCUGCCUCCACUAAGUGCUGGAAGAUUGGAGACUAAGACCUGCACAGGAACCUCCUAUCCAGUGCAGUGGCAGACACAUGAACAUGCAAGGGCUGCUGUACAACUUCCUGCCAAGGUGUAUCAAGAGAACAGGAGCACAACAGAAUACUAUAGUCUCCGGAUGGAAGAAUGGUCAGGGAGCCAGAGUCGCAGUGAGGGCCUAGAUUGGACCUCACCCAAAGCCUGAUAGCAGACUGGGACCAGAGUCUGGCCUGGAGCUGGAGACCCAGCCCCGGCUGGACUGUCCCUGACAUGCAGAAGGAGUUGGGCACUGCGCCCUCUUGCCCUGGCAUGAAGAGCCCCAGACCCUUCCUCCUGCUACCGCUGCUGCUGCUGCUGCUGGAGGCUGGGGUGCCAGGUGCCUGGGGUCAGGCUGGCAGCCUAGAUCUGCAGAUUGAUGAGGAGCAACCAGCAGGCACACUCAUCGGAGACAUCAGCGCAGGGCUUCCAGCAGGCACAGCAGCUCCGCCCAUGUACUUCAUCUCAGCCCAGGAAGGCAGCGGUGUGGGCACCGACCUGGCUAUCGAUGAACACAGUGGGGUGGUCCGUACAGCUCGUGUCUUGGACCGUGAGCGGCGGGACCGCUACCGCUUCACCGCAGUCACUCCUGAUGGUGCCACUGUGGAAGUUACAGUGCGAGUGGCUGACAUCAACGACCAUGCUCCAGCCUUCCCUCAAAUUCGAGGUGCUCUGCAGAUACCUGAGCAUACAGCUCUUGGCACCCGCUACCCACUAGAGCCUGCCCGUGAUGCAGAUGCUGGCCGCCUAGGAACCCAGGGCUAUGCCUUAUCUGGUGACAGAGCUGGAGAGACCUUCCGACUGGAAACCCGCCCUGGCCCAGAUGGGGCUCCAGUACCUGAGCUGGUAAUUGCUGGGGAGCUGGACCGGGAGAACCGCUCACACUACAUGUUGCAGCUAGAGGCCUACGAUGGUGGUUCACCUCCCCGGAGGGCCCAGGCCCUGCUAGAUGUGACGCUGUUAGACAUCAAUGACCAUGCUCCAGCUUUCAAUCAGAGUCGCUACCAUGCUGUGGUAUCUGAGAGCCUGGCCCCUGGCAGCCCUGUCUUGCAGGUGUUUGCUUCUGAUGCUGAUGCUGGUGCCAAUGGGGCUAUAACUUAUGAGAUCAAUCGAAGGCAGAGCGAGGGUGAUGGACCCUUCUCUAUUGACGCACGCACAGGGUUGCUGAGGCUGGAGCGGCCCCUGGACUUUGAACAACGACGGGUCCAUGAACUAGUAGUACAGGCGCGGGAUGGUGGGGCUCACCCAGAGCUGGGCUCGGCCUUUGUGACUGUUCAUGUGCGAGAUGCCAAUGACAAUCAGCCUUCCAUGACUGUCAUCUUCCUGAGUGCAGAUGGCACCCCCCGAGUGUCUGAGGCUGCCCCACCUGGACAGCUUGUCGCUCGUAUCUCUGUGUCAGAUCCAGAUGAUGGUGACUUUGCUCAUGUCAAUGUGUCUCUGGAGGGUGGAGAAGGCCAUUUUGCCCUAAGCACCCAAGACAGCGUCAUCUACCUGGUGUGUGUGGCUCGGCAGCUGGACCGGGAGGAGAGAGAUGCCUAUAACCUGCGGGUUACAGCCACAGACUCAGGCUCACCCCCACUGCGGGCUGAAGCUGCCUUUGUGCUGCACAUUACUGAUGUCAAUGACAACGCACCUACCUUUGACUUCCAGCUCUACCGGCCUGAGCCACUGCCUGAGGUUGCAUUGCCUGGCAGCUUCGUGGUGCGAGUGACUGCCCGGGAUCCCGACCAAGGCACCAAUGGUCAGGUCACCUAUAGCCUGGCCCCUGGCACUCACACUCGCUGGUUUUCCAUCAAUCCCACCUCAGGCAUCAUCACCACUGCUGCCUCACUGGACUAUGAGUUGGAACCUCAGCCACAGUUGAUUGUGGUGGCCACAGAUGGGGGCCUUCCGCCUCUAGCCUCCUCUGCCACAGUCAGUGUGGCUCUACAGGAUGUGAAUGACAAUGAGCCCCAGUUUCAGAGGACCUUCUACAAUGCCUCACUGCCUGAGGGUGCUCAGCCUGGAACCUGUUUCUUGCAGGUGACAGCCACAGAUGCAGACAGUGGUCCAUUUGGCCUCCUGUCCUAUUCCUUGGGUGCUGGACUUGGGGCCUCUGGGCCUCCCCCAUUCCGCAUUGAUGCCCACAGUGGUGAUGUGUGCACAACCCGCAUCCUGGACCGCGACCAGGGUCCCUCAAGCUUUGACUUCACAGUGACGGCAGUAGAUGGGGGAGGCCUCAAAUCCAUGGUAUAUGUGAAGGUGUUCGUGUCAGAUGAGAAUGACAACCCACCUCAGUUUUAUCCGUGGGAGUAUGCUGCCAGUCUGAGUGCCCAGAGUACACCAGGCACAGCUGUGCUGAGGGUGCGUGCCCAUGACCCUGACCAAGGACCCCAUGGGCGACUCUCCUACCACAUCCUGGCUGGCAAUAGCCCCCCACUUUUUGCCUUGGAUGAGCACUCAGGGCUAUUGACAGUAGCCUGGUCCUUGGCCAGACGGGCUAAUUCUGUGGUGCAGCUGGAGAUCGGGGCUCAGGACGGAGGUGGACUGAAGGCAGAACCCAGUGCCCGAGUCAACAUCAGCAUUGUACCUGGAACCCCCACACCACCUGUAUUUGAGCAACUACAGUAUGUUUUUUCUGUGCCAGAGGAUGUAGCACCAGGCACCAGUGUGGGCGUGAUCCAGGCCCACAACCCACCAGGUCGCUUGGGGCCUGUGACUCUCGCCCUGUCAGGCGGGGAUCCUCGGAGACUCUUCUCCCUAGAUUCGGCCUCAGGGCUGUUACAAACACUUCGCCCUCUGGACCGGGAGCUUCUGGGACCUGUGCUGGAACUGGAGGUCCGAGCAGGCAGUGGAAUACCUCCAGCUUUCGCUGUAGGCCGCGUGCGUGUGCUGCUGGAUGAUGUGAACGACAACUCCCCUGCCUUCCCUGCACCUGAAGACACAGUAUUGCUGCCACCAGACACUGCCCCAGGGACACCAAUUUAUACACUACGGGCUCUGGAUCCUGACUCAGGUGUUAACAGUCGAGUCACCUUCACCCUGCUUGCUGGAGGUGAUGGGGCCUUCACUGUGGAUCCUACCACUGGCCAUGUACGACUUAUGGGACCCCUGGGACCCCUAGGGGGACCAGCCCAUGAGCUGGAGCUGGAGGCCCGGGAUGGGGGCUCCCCACCACGUACCAGCCACUUUCGACUUCGGGUGGUAGUACAGGACUUGGGGACCCGUGGGCUGGCUCCCCGAUUUGAUAGUCCUAGCUACCGUGUAGACUUGCCCUUAGCCACCACCCCUGGAACUCAGGUCUUGCAAGUUCAGGCUCAGGCACCAGAUGGGAGCCCUAUCACCUAUCACCUUGCAUCAGAUGGAGAAAGUAGCCCCUUUGGCCUGGAGCCACAGAGUGGGUGGCUGUGGAUUCGGGCACCACUAGACCGAGAGUCCCAGGAGUUAUACACGCUGAAGAUAAUGGCAGUAUCUGGGUCCAAGGCUGAGUUGGGGCAACAGACAAGCACAGCCACUGUGAGGGUCACCAUCCUCAACCAGAAUGACCACAGUCCCCGCUUGUCUGAAGAGCCUACCUUCUUAUCUGUGGUUGAGAACCAGCCCCCAGGGACCAGUGUGGGCCAGGUCUUUGCCACUGACCGAGACUCUGGACCUAAUGGACGUCUGACCUAUAGCCUGCGACAGCUGUCAGAGGAUAAUAAGGCCUUCCGCAUCCACCCCCAGACUGGAGAAGUGACCACACUCCAAACCCUGGACCGCGAGCAGCAGAGCAGCUUCCAGCUCCUGGUGCAGGUGCAGGAUGGGGGGAGCCCACCCCGCAGCACCACAGGCACCGUGCACAUCGCAGUGCUCGACCUCAAUGACAACAGCCCUACCUUCCUGCAGGCGUCAGGGGCCGCUGGUGGGGGCCUCCCUAUUCAGGUACCAGACCGCGUACCUCCCGGAACCCUGGUAACAACUCUGCAGGCCAAGGAUCCAGAUGAGGGGGAAAAUGGGACCAUCCUGUACACACUCACCGGUCCAGGCUCAGAGCUCUUCUCUCUGCAUCCUCACUCAGGGGAGCUGCUCACUGCAGCCUCCCUGAUCCGAGCAGAGCGGCCCCACUACGUGCUAACACUGAGUGCUCACGACCAAGGAACCCCUCCUCGGAGUGCCAGCCUCCAGCUUCUGGUUCAGGUGCUUCCCUCGACUCGCGUGGCAGAGCCUCAGCCAGAUCUCUCAGAGCCGGACCGGGCAGCACCAGUGCCCGUGGUCCUGACUGUAACCGCAGCUGAAGGGCUUCCGCCUGGAUCCUUGUUGGGCUCGGUGGCGCCGCCGGAGUCGGCGGCUGUGGGCGCACUCACCUACACACUGGUCGGUGGCGCUGAUCCUGACGGCACCUUCGCUCUGGAUGCGGCUUCUGGGCGCUUGUACCUGGCGCGGCCUUUGGACUUCGAGGCCGGCCCCACCACACCCGCGCUGCUGCUGCUCAUAGAGGCCACCGACCGGCCGGCCAACGCCAGCCGCCGCCGAGCAGCACGCGUCUCCGUGCGCGUCUUUGUCACAGAUGAAAAUGACAACUCGCCGGUCUUCACCUCCCCCUCACGAGUGCGUCUCCCGGAGGAUCAGCCGCCUGGACCCGUGGCGCUGCACCUGGUAGCGAGGGAUCCAGACCUGGGGGAGGCCGCUCGCGUGUCCUAUCGCCUGGCAGCUGGUGGGGACGGCCACUUCCGACUUCACUCAAGUACUGGCGCCCUGUCCGUGGUGCGGCCCCUCGACCGGGAACAGAGAGCUGAGCACGUCCUGACCGUGGUGGCCGCAGACCAUGGCUCCCCGCCGCGGUCGUCCACUCAGCUCUUGACGGUCAGUGUCGUUGACGUCAACGACGAGGCACCCACUUUCCAGCAGCAGGAGUACAGCGUCCUCUUGCGGGAGAACAGCCCUCCUGGCACAUCUCUACUUACUCUGAGAGCAACCGAUCCUGACCUGGGGCCCAAUGGGCAAGUGACUUAUGGAGGCGUCUCUGGUGAGAAUUUCUCUCUGGACCCGAACACUGGAGUUCUUACUACCCUUCGGGCCCUGGAUCGUGAGGAGCAGGAGGAGAUCAACUUGACAGUGUAUGCCCGGGACAGGGGCUCACCUCCCCUGUUAACUCAUGUCAUGGUGCGAGUGGCUGUAGAGGAUGAGAAUGAUCAUACUCCAACCUUUGGGAAUGCCCACCUCUCCCUGGAAGUACCUGAGGGCCAGGACCCUCAGACCCUUACCACACUUCGGGCCUCUGACCCAGAUGUGGGAGCCAAUGGGCAGCUGCAGUACCGAAUUGUGGAUGGGGACCUGUUAGGAGCCUUUGUCCUAGAUCUUGACUCUGGGGAGUUUGGUACCAGACGGCCACUAGACCGAGAGGUGGAGCCAGCAUUCCAGCUGCAGAUAGAGGCCCGGGAUGGAGGGCAGCCAGCUCUCAGUGCCACUCUACUUGUGACAGUGACAGUUCUGGAUGCCAAUGACCAUGCCCCAGCCUUUCCUGUGCCUGCCUAUUCAGUGGAAGUGCCCGAGGAUGCACCUGCAGGGACCCUGCUGAUGCAGCUGCAGGCUCAUGACCCGGAUGCUGGGGCCAAUGGCCAUGUGACCUACUAUCUGGGUGCAGGUACAGCAGGAGCCUUCCUGCUGGAGCCUACCUCUGGGGAGCUGCGCACAGCCACAGCACUGGACAGAGAACACUGUUCCAGUUACGCCUUUUCUGUGAGCGCCGUGGAUGGUGCAGCUGCUGGACCCCUGAGCACCACGGUGCCUGUCACCAUCACAGUGCGUGAUGUCAAUGACCAUGCACCCACUUUCCCCACCAGUCCUCUGCACCUGCGCUUACCCCGCCCAGGCCCCAGCCUCAGUACCCCAACUCUGGCUCUGGCCACACUGCGAGCUGAAGAUCGUGAUGCUGGUGCCAAUGCCUCCAUUUUGUACCGGCUGGCUGGCACACCACCUCCUGGCACCACUGUGGACUCUUACACUGGUGAAAUCCGUGUGGCCCGUUCUCCUGUAACUCUAGGUCCCCGGGAUCGUGUCCUCUUCAUUGUGGCUACCGACCUUGGCCGUCCAGCUCGCUCUGCCACGGGUGUGGUCAUUGUUGGUCUUCAGGGGGAGUCUGAGCGUGGACCCCGCUUUCCCCGGGCUAGUAGUGAGGCUGUGCUUCGUGAGAAUGCACCCCCAGGGACUGCUGUCAUCUCCCCUAAAGCUGUUCAUGCUGGGAGCUCAAGUGGACCGAUCACCUACAGCAUCCUCAGUGGGAAUGAGAAGGGGAUAUUCUCCAUCCAGCCUAGUACCGGAGCCAUCACAGUUCGUUCAGCAGAGGGCCUGGACUUUGAGACAAGCCCGCGGCUGCGACUGGUGCUGCAGGCAGAGAGUGGAGGAGCCUUUGCCUUUUCCGUGCUGACCCUUACCCUGCAAGAUACCAAUGACAACGCCCCCCGUUUCCUGCAGCCCCACUAUGUGGCUUUCCUGCCAGAGUCUCGGCCAUUGGAGGGACCCCUGCUGCAGGUGGAGGCAGAUGACCUGGAUCAAGGCUCUGGAGGACAGAUAUCCUACAGUCUGACUGCAUCCCAGCUGGCACGGGGCUUAUUCCAUGUAGACCCAGCCACUGGCACUAUCACUACCACAGCCAUCCUGGAUCGUGAGAUCUGGGCUGAAACACGGCUUGUGCUGAUAGCCACAGACAGAGGAAGCCCAGCCCUGGUGGGCUCAGCUACCCUUACCGUGAUGGUCAUUGAUACCAAUGACAAUCGUCCCACCAUCCCGCAGCCCUGGGAGCUCCGAGUGUCAGAAGAUGCACUAUUGGGCUCAGAGAUUGCGCAGGUAACAGGGAAUGAUGUGGACUCCGGACCAGUGCUGUGGUAUGUGCUGAGCCCAUCUGGGCCCCAGGAUCCCUUUAGUAUUGGCCGUUAUGGAGGCCGUGUCUCCCUCACGGGCCCCUUGGACUUUGAGCAGUGUGAUCACUACCACCUGCAGCUACUGGCACAUGAUGGACCUCACGAGGGCCAUGCCAACCUCACGGUGCUGGUGGAAGAUGUCAAUGACAAUGCACCUACCUUCUCACAGAGCCUCUACCAGGUAAUGCUGCUUGAACACACCCCCCCAGGCAGUGCCAUUCUCUCCAUUUCUGCCACUGACCGGGACUCAGGUGCCAACGGUCACAUCUCCUACCAUCUAGCUUCCCCUGCUGAGGGCUUCAGUGUUGACCCAAACAAUGGAACUUUGUUCACAACUAUGGGAACCGUGGCCUUGGGCCGUGAGGGGCCAGGAGUGGUGGACGUGGUGCUGGAAGCACGGGACCAUGGGGCUCCUGGCAGGGCAGCACGGGCCACAGUGCAUGUGCAGCUGCAGGACCAGAAUGACCACGCCCCAAGCUUCACACUGCCACACUACCGUGUGGCUGUGAGUGAAGAUCUGCCCCCGGGCUCCACCCUGCUCACCCUGGAGGCCACAGAUGCUGAUGGAAGCCGCAUUCAUGCCACUGUGGACUACAGCAUCAUCAGUGGCAACCGUGGCCGAGUCUUUCAGCUAGAACCCCGGCUGGCUGAGGCUGGAGAGGGUGUUGGACCAGGUCCCCAGACACUGGGCUGCCUGGUGUUGCUUGAGCCUCUAGAUUUUGAAAGCCUGACACAAUAUAAUCUGACAGUGGCUGCAGUUGACCGGGGCCAGCCACCCCGUAGUUCAGCUGUGCCAGUCACUGUCACUGUACUGGAUGUCAAUGACAACCCACCUGUCUUUACCCAAGCAUCCUACCGUGUGACAGUACCUGAGGACAUGCCAGUUGGAGCUGAGCUGCUGCACGUGGAGGCCUCCGAUGCUGACCCUGGCCCUCACGGCCUUGUGCGUUUUGCCCUUAGCUCAGGCGACCCUCUGGGGCUCUUUCAGCUGGAUGAGAGCUCAGGUGCCUUGCAACUGGCCCGCCCCCUGGACUGUGAGACUCAAGCUAGACACCAACUAGUCGUGCAGGCUGCUGAUCCUGCUGGGACACAUUUUGCUUUGGCUCCAGUGACAGUUGAGGUCCAGGAUGUGAAUGACCAUGGUCCAGCCUUCCCACUGAACUUGCUCAGUACCAGCCUGGCCGAGAACCAGCCACCAGGAACUCUUGUGACCACUCUGCAUGCAAUUGAUGGGGAUGCUGGGACUUUUGGGAGGCUCCGCUACAGCCUCUUGGAGGCUGGACCAGGGCUUGAGGGUCGUGAGGCAUUUGCACUGAACAGCUCAACAGGGGAGUUGCGGGCACGAGUGCCCUUUGACUAUGAGCACACAGGAAGUUUCCGGCUGCUGGUGGGUGCUGCUGAUGCUGGGAAUCUCUCAGCCUCUGUCACUGUGUCAGUACUGGUGACUGGAGAGGAUGAGUAUGACCCUGUAUUUCUGGCUCCAGCUUUCCACUUCCAAGUACCAGAAGGUGCCCAGCGUGGCCAUAGCCUGGGUCAUGUGCAGGCCACAGAUGAGGACAGAGGUGCCGAUGGCCUGGUGCUCUAUUCCUUUGCCACAUCUUCCCCUUACUUUGGUAUCAACCAGACUACAGGUGCCCUAUACCUGCGGGUGGACAGUCGGGCACCAGGCAGCGGAACAACUGCUUCUGGGGGUGGGGGCCGGACCCGGCGUGAAGCACCACGGGAGCUGAGGCUGGAGGUAGUAGCUCGGGGGCCUCUGCCUGGUUCCCGAAGUGCCACAGUGCCUGUGACUGUAGAUAUCACCCACACUGCACUGGGCCUGGCACCUGACCUCAACCUGCUGUUAGUGGGGGCCGUGGCAGCCUCCUUGGGAGUUGUAGUGGUGCUUGCACUAGCAGCCCUGGUCCUAGGGCUGGUUCGAGCUCGUAACCGCAAGACUGAGGCAGCCCCCGGCCCAAUGUCACAGGCAGCACCCCUAGCCAGUGGCUCCCUGCAGAAGCUGGGCCGGGAGCCACCUAGUCCACCACCUUCAGAGCAUUUGUACCACCAGACUCUCCCCAGCUAUGGUGGGCCAGGAGCUGGAGGACCCUACCCCCGUGGUGGCUCCCUGGACCCAUCACACUCAAGUGGCCGAGGCUCAGCAGAGGCUGCAGAGGAUGAUGAGAUUCGCAUGAUCAACGAGUUCCCCCGUGUGGCCAGCGUGGCCUCCUCCCUGGCUGCCCGUGGCCCCGACUCGGGCAUCCAGCAGGAUGCAGAUGGACUGAGUGACACAUCCUGUGAGCCACCUGCCCCUGACACUUGGUAUAAGGGCCGAAAGGCAGGGCUGCUGCUGCCAGGUGCAGGAACCACUCUGUACCGAGAGGAGGGACCCCCAGCCACUGCCACAGCCUUCCUGGGUGGGUGUGGCCUAAGCCCCGCACCUACUGGGGACUAUGGCUUCCCAGCAGAUGGCAAGCCAUGCGUGGCAGGUGCACUGACAGCCAUUGUGGCCGGUGAGGAGGAGCUCCGUGGCAGCUAUAACUGGGACUACCUGCUGAGCUGGUGCCCUCAGUUCCAACCACUGGCCAGUGUCUUCACAGAGAUCGCUCGGCUCAAGGACGAAGCUCGGCCAUGUCCCCCUGCUCCCCGUAUUGACCCACCACCCCUCAUCACUGCCGUGGCCCACCCAGGAGCCAAGUCUGUGCCGCCCAAGCCUGCAAGCACAGCUGCAGCCCGGGCCAUCUUCCCACCGACCUCUCACCGCUCCCCCAUCAGCCAUGAAGGCUCCCUGUCCUCUGCCGCCAUGUCCCCCAGCUUCUCACCCUCGCUAUCUCCUUUGGCUGCUCGCUCACCCGUUGUCUCACCAUUUGGGGUGGCCCAGGGCCCCUCAGCCUCAGCCCUCAGCGCAGAGUCUGGCCUGGAGCCACCUGAUGACACAGAGCUGCACAUCUAGCUGUGGCCCAGGCUGGGCCCCGACCUGGGACGCAGUGUCCCCAAUGCAGGCCCCACUCUGAGCCUGCCCUGGGCAGCCUUGGACCAUGACUGGCCAUGGGGAGGCCACCACCAAGCCCCAACUCUCCACCCCAAACUCCUCCAGUGGGGGCAGGUCCCACAUUUCACCCCAGUCCCUCAGAGCCCUGGGACCAGAAGGUCUGUUGGUCACUGACCUGGGGCCAGGUCCAGUUGGGGAGAAAUAUGAAGGAGGCAGCAGCUCUGGGUUCUCAGUGAGGACUUCCUGCCUGCACCAGCACACUGAGAUGGAGCAGAGACUUUAUUUAUUGGGGGGUAGGGGAAUGAGGGAGGUACCUCCCAACUGUUAGGGCCCAGCUCCUUUGGGUUCCACUGACAUCCCUGCCCCUGCCCAGAACAAGUGCCAAUUCUCACUCUGGAGCCUUAAUAAACUGCAGUUUGUAUCCAGCCUACGGCUCUGUUCUGUGGGAGUGGCUGGAAUUUGGGAAUGGCUGUGGGAACCCGGCACCUAAUUGUGGACACCUCAACAGACACAGCGGGCUGGGGAACAUGGGAACAUCUGGGUGGAGGUAGCCCUGGGGUCUUAGGAACCUACUCAGAGGCUGAGAUCCCCGCUUUUUGGCCAAUCUUUUCCCUCUAAUGUGAGCAAGAGGCCAACAAGGGCUUAGCUAUAGGUAAGACUAAGAGGCAUUGGGUGAGUGCAUGGGGGAUGUAGGGCUCCAGGCCUGACAUCUGAAGAGAUGAGGAUGUAUACAAGAAGCCAAGUGAAGUGAUUUU